GCAAAAACAAGAGAAAAUUAGAAAAGGAAGAACUCAAGAAAAAAAAAAUGGGGAUUACAAUGGAGCAAAAUGAGAGCAAAAUCCUCAUAUUUGGAGGAACAGGUUACAUAGGGAGCCACUUGGUGAAGGCAAGCAUCAAAUUAGGACAUCCUACUUAUGUUUUUACAAGGCCGGAUUCCGACAAGAAAGACCUCAUCAAAGAGUUCCAAUCCAUGGGAGCAAUCAUAGUCAAAGGAAGAGUGGAGGAGCAAGACAAGCUCGUCGAGUCGUUGAGGGAAGUUGACGUUGUGAUAUCGGCAUUGGCAUAUCCACAAGUUCUUGACCAGCUCAAGAUCUUGGAGGCCAUCAAGAUUGCCGGUAAUAUAAAGAGGUUUUUGCCAUCGGAUUUCGGAGUGGAGGAGGAUCGGGUGAGCGCAUUGCCACCAUUCGAGGCGUUCCUCAACAAGAAGAGGAGAAUCAGAAGAGCUAUAGAAGAAGCCAAAAUACCCUACACUUUCAUCUCCGCAAACUGCUGUGGAUGUUACUUCAUCAACCACUUGCUCAAUCCUUCCGAUCCAAACAAACAAGAAAUCACUGUUUAUGGCAGCGGCGAAGCUAAAGCCGUGCUGAAUUAUGAACAAGACAUUGGCAUGUACACGAUCAAAGCCGCUACUGAUCCGAGAACGCACAACCGCAUCGUCAUAUUCCGGCCGUCGAAAAACGCUGUGUCACAACUUGAGUUGAUUUCUAUGUGGGAGAAGAAAACCGGCAAAAUCUUCAAGAAAACUCACAUCUCAGAAGAAGAAAUUGUGACACUUUCACAAACUCUGCCAGAUCCGCAAAAUAUACCGGUUUCCAUCCUUCACAGUGUGUUCGUGAAAGGUGCGACCGCGGAUUUUGAGAUCGGGGGUGAUGAUGUUGAGGCUUCCUUGCUUUAUCCCGACCUCAAAUUCACCACUGUCGAUGAGAUGCUCGACGUUUUCCUCAAAAACCCUCCCAAACCUGCAAUGGCAGCAUUUGAAUAAAAAAAAUUCAGAAACGAACGACGAAGAAAUUUAAACUGCUUAGAUUGUUUGCAAAAUGUACUAGUUUGAGUUUGAUUUAUGGUUCAUCAUCAAGUUAUUAUAGCUUUGUACUUAUAAUUUCUACACUAUAGUUCCAUCAUC